AAAUGGCUGCAUGCGAUGGAGAAGACAACUCUGGGAGUGAAGCAGUAGGAUUAGGAUGUGCUCUGGAAUUAUUUAAAGAGCACGAAGAAAUUACACAGAUUAUUAAACAACUUCCAAGUGUAUAUAGGGAGAGGUCUACUCUUGAUAUCACGUACGAACGUUUUGUUUAUAUAUUAAGCCAAUAUCAGGAACAACCCCAUCUUCUUGAUCCUUAUUUGGAUACUUUACUUGAAAAUUUGUUGAACAUUGGAAGAGACCCCAAUUUUCAUGAUGGACUUCGACAUAAAGCGUUUCAGUUCUUGUAUAUUAUUACAAAAGUUAGAAAUUAUAAAGUGGUGGUCAGACACCUACCACACGAGGUAGCUGAUGUUGAACCCGUUCUCUCACUGUUGGCAGAACAAAAUCCAUUUGAUCAUGAAACAUGGGAAACACGUUAUAUAUUGCUUCUUUGGCUUUCCAUCAUUGUCAUGAUUCCAUUUCAUAUGGAAAGACUAGAUAGUAAUAACAAGUUUAAUGAAGGUCAGAAAAAGCCAACCAUGGAAAGAAUCAUUGAUGUCAUUAAAUUAUAUCUCAGUGUUGGAGAUAAGGUUCAAGAUGCUGCUGCUUUCCUGGCAUCUCGUUUUAUUACUCGUCCUGAUGUCAAGGAGGUGCACCUUUUUUCAUUUCUGGAAUGGUCUUUACAGAUUCUUGAAAGUGAUGUCAGCAGUAUGAAUGGACUUAAUCUACAAGCGGGAGUGUUAGCUGCAUUAGCUCUUUUAUUUAAGCAUGGCAAACGAGAAGAUGUAAAAGGUUAUGGAAUUGAGAUACUUAAAAAAGUUUUAGGAUGUGGUUUGAUGGACAGUAAGAGCACAGUAGUAAGGAAGAUGGUUCUGAAAUUAAUUCAGAGAAUUGGAUUGAGUUUCCUACCAAUAAAAGUUUCUGCUUGGAGAUACAAUCGUGGAAGUCGUUCUCUUACGGCCAACUUAGCAGCAGCACAUCCAUUGUUACCUGUUAAUCAAGGAAAAAGUGAAUCUGAAGAACACAAAACAGAUGAAGACUAUGAGUUACCUGAUGAGAUGGAAGAUAUAAUUGAACAGCUGCUGAAUGGACUGCGUGAUAAAGACACUGUAAUCAGUGUUGGAGAGGAUCAAGCUUCUGCUGUGGAACAUUUGCUGGAAGAGUGGGGAGUCAUUGAUCGUAGCUUGGAACUUGUCCUAGCAUGUGUUUUGAAAGACUGUAUGGGGUUUUCCUCUGGUCCAGAUAUUGCAAUUUUCAAUCAAUUCUACCAGUCUUGGGAAUACAUGGACCAGUCAAGAUAUGAAACUCCAACUGACCUUGAUAAACUUAACUCUCUCUCCACAGGCAUCUUUUCCUGCACAUGUCACAAUGUUUUUGGGAGGCGUGGAAUACUGUUGCCACAAUAUCUUGAAAAAGUAGUUCCAGUCAUCCUGAAAGCUCUUGUGUAUGAUGAAGUAAGAGGAAACUUCUCUGUUGGAGCACAUAUUCGGGAUGCUGCCUGCUAUGUUUGUUGGUCUUUUGCUCGAGCAUACAGCCCUGAAAUCUUGAAACCUUAUGUAAUGGAAAUAGCUGGAGCUUUGCUUGUAACUUCAGUGUUUGACAGGGAAAUAAACUGUAGGCGAGCAGCAUCUGCAGCAUUUCAAGAAAAUGUUGGUCGACAGGGAACUUUCCCUCAUGGUAUUGACAUAGUUACAGCAGUUGAUUAUUUUGCUGUUGGGUCUCGAACUAAAUCUUAUCUGAAAAUAAGUGCCUACAUAGCUCAGUUUCCAGAGUACACUAUGCCCCUGAUUAACCAUCUCUUGAAGAGAAAGGUUCAACACUGGGACACUUCUAUUAGAGAGCUGACAGCUCAAACCCUGUACAAUCUUACAUCAACAUCCCCCACAUUCAUGGUGAAGGUGGCUUUACCAUUGCUUAUUCCUUUAACCAAAGGUAUAGAUUUAUGUGCUCGACACGGUGGAAUCCUGGCAGUUGCACAGAUCAUUCAUGCUCUAGCAAAUUAUGCACGAUCAAAUAAUCAGAAGAUAAAGGACAUUGUUGGUGCUGAACUUAUCACAGAGAUUCAAAACAUCCCAGUCAUUCUAACAGAAAAAAAGUUGUUUCGUGGAAUAGGUGGAGAAUUGAUGCGCCAUGCUGUUUGUGUACUAAUUGAAAAAUCAUCACUUGCUGCUCUUCCUUUUCAUGAAUUGUGGGAUAUAAUAGAUCUGUGGCAAGAUAUAUUAGAACAGUGUUUACGAUAUGUUGAACCAGACAUCCGAGCUUAUGCUGUAUCAGCUCUUUCAGCUUUGUGCAUUGAAUACUACGGUUCGUGCAGACCUCGAUACACUAAGCUGUUGGACAGUUGUCUUCUACACUUAAAGUCUACUCAGCAGGAAGCUCGAUGUGGCAAUGCCUUAGCAAUAGGUUCUUUGCCUAAAUUCGUCUUUGCAGGUUCAGUUCAGAAAGUUAUUGAUGGUUUAGUUGAAUGUGCCACUCUGAUUGAAAAUGAAUCAACAUGGGCAGAGUCUCGACGUGAUGCAGUUAAAGCAUUAAGUAGUGUAUGUCAAACAAUAGGAGGUGAUCUUACUUUAUCAGAAGAUGGCCAGCACAGUAAAGAAAAUAUUGACCGGGUUUAUGGGUGUUUAUUAGCUGGAAUGAAAGAUUACACAUUAAGUAAUCGAGGUGAUAUAGGGGCUAUGGUUAGAGAAGCAGCAAUGGUAGCAGUUCAGGAAGUAACUUUACAGGUUAGUAAGUCAGAUGUCUUGCUCAUUACAAAGGAGAUAAGUUCUCAACUUUUCUGUGCUUUGAUCCAACAAAAUGUGGAAAAAAUUGACAGGAUUCGUCUAGUUGCUGGAACAGCUUUUAGCACCCUUCUACACAGCUCUCCACAAGUUCCAAACAUCCCCCAUAGAAAUGACCUUGUUCAAGUGUUUUCACAAGAUGUUUGCCACAAGGUCAACUGGGCAGCUCCUGCUGAAACAUUCCCUCUUUUUAUGAUGCUUCUUUGUCUGAAAACAUACACAUAUAGCCUUCUGCGUGGUGUCUGUGUUAGUGUUGGAGGCCUAACUGAAUCCUUGGUGAAAUAUUCAAGGGCCUCAUUACUUUUCUAUCUGAAUUCAGUCCAGAAUGAUAUGGACACUUUCAACUAUAUAUGUGAAACUCUUCUGAAAGUGUUUAAAAAUAAUUUGGGUAAGGACUAUGUCACAAUUCCUUUUCUGAAAACUGUGGAUCACUUACUUGCUGCAGGUGUAUUUACUAUUUUCAGUAGUUUAGUGAACCAUUCCUUUCCACUGGAACUGUUAGAUCUUUGUUGGAAAGAGGUGGCCAAGUCAAAAGAUCCUCAAAAAAUUAUGGCUGCAAUAGAUGUGUUUUGUGGUUUACUACAAUUUCCAGAAGUAUGUGGAAAAAGGGCUCUCACCAUUCUAGCUAUCCAUCUUUGUCACCGCUAUCCUCGUAUUCGGAAAGUAACAGCUGAUAAAAUCUAUGAAGCUUUAAUAUCUUACCCUGAAAUUACAAGUGAGGAUGCAGCAGAUGAUGUUAUGACCAUUCUCAGUGACACUGAGUGGGAUGUGAAUGUUGAGGUGUUGCGACCAAUUAGAAACAAACUGUGUGAGCUAUUGGGAAUCCCAGCUCCAAAGAGUGUGAAGUAAUUAUAAAUGUUUCCUUUAUGAACAUUUGCUAUUCUUUAAAAGUUCAAAGCUUUGGCUGUUUUACUUUGAGAUAGCUAACCUGCUUACUGUCAAUAAAGAUAAUCUUUAACAAUGGGUUUAAAUGAGAAGACAUUCCAUAAUUUACAGUACUAGUUUUAGCUUGCAGUACAAUAAUAUUAGCUAAGUGUACAAUUAUAUAAAUGCUGACAACUGUUUUGAAUUGUAGUCAUACCCAGUAAUAAAAAUUAAAGUAUAUAAUGAAAAUUGCCUAUAAGUGUGAUGAUCAUUGCUUGAAUAAUAUCUUAUAUUGUAUGCGCAGUAGCUUAACAUAUGAAAAAAUAAAAAAAAUAUAUAACAUCAUGACUUCCUACAGAUAUCUACUAGAUUUAACAAAGAUUGUAUUGUUACUACUUGUCUGUUAUUAUUUUACUAUAGUGAAAAUACUAGAACUAUAAAAAAUUAUAAAGAAAUCUAUCACAGUACACAAUAGCGUAAUAUCGGUAAUGUUUGAGCUUGUUGACUAGAUGUAUUAACUUUCUUUUUGUUAUUAGUAAAAUUAAAUUUCUCACUUCAGCUCAUUAAAGACAAAAAUGUGAUAGAUUUUCAAAAAUGGCAGUUGAUUGGCCCAACUGCAAAUGUGAACUUUUUUUAAUUACUGUCCAUUAUUUAAUUUACUUCAUUAUUAAAAAUAGUAGUUUUUAAAUAUCUUUUUUUUUAUCUAGUUGGCAAAUUGAAAUUGGUCAAAGUUAUAAAAAAAUAAUGAAAUCAAAUUGGCAACAUUGCAAGAAGUUGUGGGUUUUGUUUCUUAUUUGAAUAUUAAAUUGUUGUAUUUCAGUAACAGUGGUAGAUUUAAAGAAAAUGGUGUACGCUUGUGUGGUGUUUGGGUGUUGUGCUAAAGCUGACUGAUUCAGAAUUCUUCAUGAAUUUCCAUAUGAAGGAGAUUUUAAAAGGUGUGCCUGGCUUAAAGUGUUUAUAGAAUGUAGUAUUCAGGGUUUUGCAAAAUAUCUUGUGCCAAGUAAUAAUGCUGUUCCAACCACUUACCCUGAAGAUAUCUGCACUGUACCAAUGAAAGAUGCCAAUUGGCAUACAAGGAUGAGAGAAGGAUGUGAUGAGAGAGGUGUGACAGGAAAUCUUUAUUUAAAUAAAGUUGUAUAAUCAAGAAAGCUAUGAGUUAAAUAAAAAGUUUUUGAAACAAUUUA